CUGUGUGCAGGCGCUCGCGGAGCCGGAGGUGUCUGGCUGCGGGCGCGGGCCCUCAGUGGCCAGCUCGCCAGCGCUUCCACGCGGCUCUCAGAACCCAAGCCUUGGGAGGCGCGGAGCCGGCGAGCCUGGCUCCCGAGGGUCGGAGGACCCAGCCCCCGCCGCGCUUUCCACUUUCUGUUUCUUUCCGGAGCUUCCUUCAACUUUGUAUUCGGAGUCCCGGAGUUGGCAGGCCUUUGCCAGCGAAGCGGGCGACCUGGGCCGGGCGGCGGGGGCGCGCCCAAGGUGGGCGGUGGGCGGCAGGCGUCCCGGGGCGGGGACUGGAGCGCGGCUGGCCGGGUCGGUCCUCCCCUCGGCCUCCUGCGCGCGCCCCGCGGCUGGCGCCCGGCACAUGGAGGCGGCCGAGGAGCUUACACCCGGGCCGGGAGGCCGGGCGCUCAGCCCGGAGCGCCGCGCCCCGCGCUGUCUGCCGCUGGCCGACCUCCGGCGGGAGCUGCGGGCGCUCCUGUUCCUGGCGGGCCCCGCGUUCCUGGCCCAGUUGAUGGUGUUCCUCAUUGGUUUUGUGAGCUCUGUGUUCUGCGGGCACCUGGGGAAGCUGGAGCUGGACGCCGUCACACUGGCAAUUGCUGUGGUCAACGUUACUGGUGUCUCGGUGGGGUUCGGCUUGUCUUCUGCUUGUGACACGCUUAUCUCCCAGACGUUUGGGAGCCAGAACAAGAAGCACGUGGGCGUCAUCCUGCAGCGAAGCGUGCUGGUGCUGCUGCUCUGCUGUCUGCCCUGCUGGGCACUCUUCCUCAACACCCAGCUCAUCCUGCUGCUCUGCAGGCAGGACCCGGCCGUGUCCAGGCUUACCCAGACCUACGUCAUGAUCUUCAUUCCAGCUCUUCCUGCAACCUUCCUUUACACGUUACAAGUGAAGUACCUGCUCAACCAGGGAAUCAUCCUGCCCCAGAUGGUGACCGGCUUGGCUGCCAACCUGGUCAACGCCCUCGCCAACUACCUGUUUCUCUAUCAGAUGCAUCUUGGGGUUAUGGGCUCGGCGCUGGCAAACACGGUCUCCCAGUUCACCCUGGCUCUCCUUCUCUUCCUGUACAUCCUCGCCAAGAGGCUGCACCAGGACACCUGGGGAGGCUGGUCCUGGGAGUGCCUGCAGGACUGGGGCCCCUUCUUCCGCCUGGCCAUCCCCAGCAUGCUGAUGCUGUGCAUCGAGUGGUGGGCCUACGAGAUCGGGAGCUUCCUGAGCGGUGUCCUCGGCAUGGUGGAGCUGGGAGCCCAGUCCAUCGCAUAUGAGCUGGCCGUCAUCGUGUACAUGGUCCCCACAGGCUUCAGCGUGGCUGCCAGCGUCCGGGUGGGGAAUGCACUGGGGGCCGGGGACAUCGAGCAGGCCAAGACAUCCUCCGCCGUCGCCCUGCUGAUCACAGGGCUCUUUGCUGUCAUCUUUUGUGUCCUGCUGUUAGGCUGCAAGGAUGUUGUGGGUUACGUUUUCACCAAGGACCGAGAGAUCAUCUCGCUGGUGGCCCGGGUGGUUCCGAUUUAUGCAGUUUCGCAUCUCUUUGAAGGGCUGGCUUGCACCUGUGGAGGCAUCCUGCGAGGCACUGGGAACCAGAAGGCGGGCGCCGUCAUCAACGCCGUUGGGUACUACGUGCUUGGUCUUCCCAUCGGGAUCUCCCUCAUGUUUGCUGCUGGACUUGGACUGCUGGGUCUGUGGUCAGGAAUCACCAUCUGUACCAUCUCUCAGGCUGUGUGUUUCCUUGGCUUCAUUGCCCGGCUAAACUGGAAAAAAGCCUGCCAGCAGGCUCAGGUACAUGCCAAUCUGAAACGAAGUAUGGCCAGGAACAGGACGGCCACUCUCCCUCAGGACCCACUUUGCCCAGAUGAAAAAUAUCCUUUUAAGGUGCUGAGUUCCUUUUCCCCUCCAGUGGGCCCUGAAAUCCAUGGAGGAACGUUGAUAAGAGAUGUUGGACAGAAAGAGGAGACUCAGUCGGAUCAGCAGAUGCACCAAGAAGAGUGUCUUGAAGUCCAUCCCAGGGCUGCGUGGAGGUUGUCCGGGAGACAGCUGGUGCUGCGGCGGGGGCUCCUGCUCCUGGCAGUCCUUGUCAUCUUACUGGUGGGGAUUUUAGUGAGAGUCUAUGUCAGAGUUCCAUGAUGUGGCAAGAGAGAGAGAAAGCCAGGCCAAGGGAUGCUUCUGAGCUUAAACGAACAGAAAUUCAUUGGCCCAAAUGUUACUAAGCUGUGCUCAUGGAUGUCAAGAACUGAGAGUUCCAAGAUAUAUUUCUGAUGAAGAAAACGAACAAAGGUAAAAAGUAUGUGCGAGUCCAAGACAACAUUUGGGAGAUUACAUCCACCAUCGUUUCCACCAAGGAUCACUGUUUACCGGCUGCAUCAUGUAGGGCUUUGAUUUUCUUCUGCUUAAUAUUUUUUUAGCCACAAACCCAUAUACUGAGCACUGAAAGAUUCUUACUAUUUGAAUUAUUUAAAAUAUAUUUUACAAUAUAU